ACUUUAAAUUGAAUGUAAUUCUAUGCAAUCAUGCAUACUUUUAAACAUGAUUCCUUCAGGCAAGGUGUAUGUUGGCUCUUCAACAUUUCAUGUCAGUGUUCAUCACGGCAUUUGACUAAACCGAGGCAGGUCCCACCUUGGACUGACCCCUGUCAAAAAAGUGAAAUUUCCCAUCCCAGGGAGCGCCUGUACAGGAUUACAGGAAGUCAUGUAAAAAGGCCAGGCCUGGGGCAACCACUCAGAGAGAAAACUUUGCAUCUGCAGUAUGCGGUGAUUAGGACAUGAUCAACAGGCAUGGCAGGGGAGAGGACUGCGGUAUUCUGCUACGUGAUCUGUGAAUUUUGAAUAUCUUUUGGCCGGAGCAUACCCCACUGCUACAUGUAAGCCCUGAUGGCAAAGGACUGGCAAUGUUGUGAUGGAGAUGUUUACAAAGUGCCAUCCACACUACAGUUCACUCAGAAAAUCUACAAAGGUUUCUACACGUACGGUUCACACCACUGGCUUUAAGACAAUACCCCCUGGCCACAGAUUGUUUCCUGGACUGGAGUGUGGCUUACCAACAGGUUUGCAGGCUUCCACACAGCAAAAUUCAGGGACGUCGGCGACGUUGAUACAGUGCAACUGAAAAUCUGAGAUGCAAGAGAAAAAAAAAGUCCCGCCAUCAUUUGACAGAAAUAAGAGGCCUCGCCAGGCCCUCUUUCCACAUCCAAAGAAUGAGAACACCAACAAUGCAGACUUCAGGGGAAAUUUCUCUCAGCCAUCUGCAUCCUACAGCCGCCCUGCUAAGCAGCCUCGCAUUGCCUUCAACACCCAGAAACCUGCUGCUCAUCGACAGCUGAACAACAGUAACUUCAACAACUGGAGACAACCCUGGAAUGGAAGUUCUAAUAGCAGAGGGAACUUCCCAGCCUCGUCACCUCCUAAUCCCUGGAGCUUGUCCGCGCAGGCUCCGGGUUACGGUGUUGGGGGAAGGGCCCCCUCUGGUGUGGAAGCAGCGUGUAUGGACCACAGCGGGCAGCAGUGGGCUGGCCCAAACAGCUCCUUCCCUCCAAACAGGCCCAACUGUCCUCCCUUUGGGAAUGUCCGACAGGCUUGGACAGGCCCAGGCUGUGUCCCCAAGCCAAGGUUCCAAUUUCAGUCUGAUCCAUCUCGCCAAAGAGCCCACUGGCAACAGAACAGCAGGCCUCCUCAUCAACCUGCUGCAUUUUCCUCCCAGAGCCCGAGACCAAACGCUGCCAGCAACCGGCUGUCGGUAAAUAGAGAGGGGCAACAGGAUGGCUCUGUGGUAGACGACCGCUCCCUGAAAGUUUUGACUGCAUCCAUUGCCGACAUGAGAGACUGGAGCCAACACAUGGACAAACUGGGCAGCAUGGUCUGUGAAGUCUUUGGAAUAAUGAAUUCUGCUAUCUCCUCUGAUGUGAACGGCGUGGCCAAGAUGUUCACCCUCAAAGAUGAGGAUCAGACGCUCAAAUGCAUCUUCUAUGAAACAGACCGGCCCCUACCUCGACUGAUCAGAGACCAGUGGUUGCGUUGCACUGGGAGCCUAGAGCAACGCAGCGGUCUGUUCCGCUGUGUGUCCGUCCGGGCGGCCAGCCAGGCAGAGCGGCAAGUGGUGAAGUCGCUGAUGACCGCCAGUGCUCGCACCAUGAGGGAGCGUCUCGCUGCAGUCCAAGAACCGUAGUCAAGAGAGGAGCUUAUACUUAAAGUUGGUGGGGAGCCAAGAAGGCAGGAAGUGGAAAACCCCACAGUAAUUUGAAAAAACAUUCCAAAUUUUGUGGAGGUACAUAUCUACAGGAUGGAAUACUAACUUUCCUGGGGGAAAAUAUUGCAUUGAUCAGGAAGGCCGCACUUUACAUAUUUUCACCAUCUGAACUGAUAAAAAUCAGCAUAAAUGCCUGAGAAUGAAAAGCAAUAAGCAGGAAAGAAAGAAACUAAGCCGACCACCUCUUUAAACAAAGCAAAGUUCACUGUCAAAGAAUGUUGUAUGUGUUCACUGUUUCAAUUUGGUUUUAAAGUUGAUUAUCUUGUUGACGUUAUUCUUAAAAUGAGAGAAUGUUUUAAACUACCUUUUUGAAAUAUUUAAAUGAAAUUAUUUAAGUUUGUUUGAAAAUUAUUUACAGCCAGCUGAUGUUUGAGAAGACCUUUUUGAUUGUUCAUUUUGAAAAGCUCAGUUCCCAAAAACAUUAUCAGCAACGUACCCUUGAAAAAGACUCCACUUGAAAAAAAAAAUCAAAUUGUUGAGGGUCUGAUAAAUAAGUGCCACAAAUCUGUCGACGUGUGCUUUAAACAAGAAAUUAAUGAGCUAUUCAACAGACUGGAAAUUGUAAAAGCUUGCAAUUAAAUGGACAUCUUGGGUUAAAUCGCA